UGGCGCUCGUCCCUGACAGAAUUUCAGCACCAGCCACCUAUUGGCCACCACGCUCCAGCUCCGCCUCUGCAAGCUUCGGCUCCGCCCUCCGACUGCGUCACCGUUGGUCGCAUUUAGAAAUAAGAGUUGAAGGCGGCGAAGAGGAAGCUGCGAGAUGGCGCCGUGAGGGAAAGCUAGGGGGCAUGUGGUGGCCUCACUGGGGGUAACGGACCAUCAGAGCGCGGACGCAGUGUAGCUCUACCCCUCACCGGGGUACGGACUGUCCACGCCCCGCAGCGGAUACUUGAUACACACACGGGAUCCUCGCGUGAUCUGGGUGCUCGGCUGUGAGAAGAUGUCGAGCGGCUGCUCUGAUAAAGCUCACGCCGACACAAUGAAGGAUGAGAAGCCAGUCAUGGAGGACAGCGUGGGAGGCGGCGUGCAAGGCUCGGCUGCGCAAAAUGGCGGCGGCCUUCCCCAGGCUGAGGAGGCGCCGGGGACAGAGAGAAGUGACUUCCCGCGCAUGGGCAGCGAGAGCAACGCGGGGACCCGACCCCAAGAGGAAGCUCCUCGGAAACGAUUUCAGAUCCCGAGAAAAAGCAGAGAUAAGAGAGCUCAACUAAUUAGUUCUGACUCUCGGGAGUUUGAAGAGAUUUUGAAAAUUCUUCACUCGGCAUACUUGGAUGCAAACUCCAAGGCAAAUUUCACUUACAAAUGUGCCCGACUGGUUCAUAAUGAAUUCUUGGAGAAAGAGUUUACUGAGAAACGAAGGGAGUUGAAAAUUGAAGGCCGUCUAGAUAAAGAGCUUGCAGAGUCUUAUGCGUUUCUUUUGGUUAAUCAAGAGCAGGUGCACAGUAUGUCAGAACGAGGACUACAUGUGGGGCAUUCUAGACUGACUACCCUUGGGAAGCCAUCCAUGGGGGUGUAUCUCUCAAAGUUUGCUGAUCUAUUACAGCCCAAUCCCUUAGAGGCAGGGCUGGCUGGCAAUAUAUUCAUAUUUAAAGUAAUCAAGGGAAAGAUUAAAUACAUUUACGACAACAUGCGGAAUAAUCAGAUGGACUCCCAUGGUGGGUCUUGGGCCUCGGAUCCGGCCCCUAAGCAUGAAUGCCAUGUCUUAAAGAACACGAACACGGUGAAUUCGUUGCUGAGUUACAGAGCGUUUGAACGUACUCAGUAUUACUUCUAUGAGUACGCCGUCGACGAGAUCCGUAACAGACCGAGGCACGUUUGCCCGUAUGCAGUUGUGUCCUUUGGUUAUCAGGAAGACAUGAUGCACAGACAGCCGUCCGUCUCGGGAACUGUAAACUUCAACGCUGACAGGAGCAAUGACAGGAGCAUCUUUACAUUAUGGAGAGGACAGCUUCUUAGUAAAGGGAAACUAUUGUGCUAUGCAUCUUUCAAAUCCACGAACGGCCCCUUCUUCCCAUACAGAUUACCAGAGAAGCUGGACCUGGAAAUUCUUGUGCGACUUGACCAGAUAAAAAAGAAAAUUCCAUCAAUUUUGUUCUGUAAAGAAACUCACAACAAGCCAAAGGAAGUCAUGGUUGGUGGAAUAUUCAGUCGUCUCUAUGAAGUUUGUGACAAAACACGGACUGGAAACCACUUGCAGAGUUUGCUGCAGAAACUCGAUAGGGAAAAACUGGCAUUGGUUAAACCCUUGGCAGACAAAGGAUUUUUAUUUCUGUAUUUCCCAUCGCAAAUGACAUCGUCGUAUAGUUCCCAGAGCGGCAAAUCCCGCGUCCUUCAUGCGCUGUUUAUUUACCCCGAGUCGCGGGAAACCCUGACACCCGCUUCACACUUUUCGAAGAGUUCUACCGUCACAGCAGACAACAAUAUAAUCAUGCCAGACCUAACAAGCUUUGUGUCCGCUCUGCGCAUGGCUCUCCACAAGAGCCAGGGAGAUGCCUCUGCCGAGUUAAACAUGGUAGUUGAAAAACACAUUCGUAUAUAUCUUAAAAGAAAGGCAGAGGGAUCUUAUAAAUACAAAGAGUAUGUCCCAAAGCCGUAUGACUCUCGCCUGGAUUACAAAAAAAGUCUUUAUCUGGCUCCCAGAGAUAAAAGCCGCAUUGAGGAAGAUCUGCGUAAAUAUAUGUUAGGACCUGAGGCGUAUGUGCUGACGGUGGAUAAAGCACAAGAGUUAAGUAGGGAACAUCAAAGGUUCCAGCAGUUUAGCCCGGUGUCUGACUACGAACCUAUAGAGGAAGACCACGAAGGCCCAAAACCGCUUAGCCGAAAAGGUUCUGCACUGGUGUCCCCUGCUGAAAGUGGCCCCCAAAGAGUAGGUGAUCACUCGGAUCAGUAUGAUUUGGACAAGAUAACGGGUCUAAUUAACUUAAUUCAGAGUAGGAAGCAGAAUGCGUAUAGCAAUCCUGAAGCAGCUGAGGUUUCAGUGAGUGGGCUCAAAAGAAAACUUGAAAGUGGAGAGGAGAACGAGUGGAAACACCAAAAAACUGAGGACGUUCAUCAAAACUGUGAGACGUCUGAAAAUACACAUUCAAUGUCCUCUUUUAUCUCUGCGCUUGGCGGACAAGACACAGACCUGCGCCAGGAGAAUCCUGAAUCCCCGAUUGAUGACUCAACAGACUGUGUUAAAGCACUACUGUCUUGCCUGGCGGACACUUAUUUUAACUCUUCACUAACCGACAGUCUAAACAAAGUGUUUGAUGGAGAAAGUGAAAAUAAAAACCAUGAGAAUUUUCAGAACAGUGAAUACGUUCCCUCCACGCAUGACACGGACAGAGACAUCUCAAGGCAUCACGAAAACAAAUUCUAUGGAGAAUGCGGACCACAAAGCCUUGAGCCUCGAGAAAGUAGCCCAGCCGUUUUGACAUCGCCUACGAAUGACACCUUUCAGCCCGGGGAAGAAAUGAUCAUUGAAGAAAGUGCGGAGCCACCUUCUGAAAGCAUCAGUUCUUGCCCCAGUACUCCAACUGAAUGCCUCUACCGCCAGAGCUCUGCUGCGAGUAACACGGAGUCUGGAAUGCACUGGAAACUUAUUCCGAUCACAGGCCUGGCCAUCUCAGAAGAACAGAUUGUGUCCCCGGGAGGUGCUCCCCCCGGAGAUCCGAGGGCGCUGCACAGGAGGAGGCAGAGAAGUGCCAGCUCCUCGUCGCUUCAGGACAACAGGAAAGAAAGGAGCAAGACACUAAGACUCAAAGGCAAUUACAGGGAGCACUCCGCAACGCCGCCAAAGAGGGAGCAGCACUUCAAAGCGAAGCACAAAGACAAUGGUCUAAUUGAGAAUGCGGUAAUGGACGCCUACAGAACUUUCUCUGAGAGCCUUCACAAGGUUUUAAAACAGAAAGACGUGGAGUAUACCGGCCAAGCACCAGCGCCCCUGCUCUCAUCCGACGAGCGCGUCGCCAGACUUUCCGACUGGCUGAACGAGCAGGCGUCCAACAUCUCUGUGGACGCGUACGUAGAAGAUCUGCGCGAAAAGUUAGACAGUGUCGUUGCUUCCUGUAGUAACCCGAGAGAGCGAAUGCAUUGUAAUGUAGACACUGAAAUCAAAACGGAGCCAGAGGUUUCAGAACACGUACGAGAAAACGCUGAAUGUGGUCAACCGCAGCCCGUUCAACCCGGAACAGAUGCUUCUCAGAAUGCGCAUCGUUUUUAUCGAGCCGAAAAGGAAGAUAUUAAGCCAUUCUCCAAAGACACCGAGCACGACCUUGCUGUAGGACAUGCCCUGGACAAGGAUAGUGCUCCAGUCCAUGACUUCCCAGCGGACGCUCGCGAAAAGCCCGUAUCGAGCGUCCCGGAACAACUGUCUGCUUCGCAAACGGCCCUCGUGGACGUGAUCAGCCAAAUGCACCCCGAGGUGUUCAACAACUUGGUAAAGAUAUUCACGCACGUGAACAAAAACGUCAUCAAAUUUUACAUUCACGCAGAGGAGGAAAAUGCAAUUUGUGAAGAAAUAAGGGACUAUCUUCUGAAACUUGGCAAUGCGCAAUGCCAUCCGGACACGUUUCUGUCGUGCAGCGUGUCCUCAGAUAAACUAUUAAUAAUUAUUCAGAAUGAAGACAUCGCUCACUUCAUUCAUAAGAUACCGUCUUUAAUAACGCUGAAGAAGCUGCCGUGUGUGAGUUUUGCUGGCAUCGACUCGCUGGAUGAUUUGAAAAACUACACUUACAACGAACUGUUUGUCUCCGGGGGGUUUGUCGUGUCUGAUGAAACGGUGCUAAAUCCUGAAACCAUGACAGUUGAUGCACUGAAAAAAUUCCUCGCGUUUCUGGAAGAAAUAGCAAUCUCUGCGAAGUGGCAGUGGAAGAUUCAUUGUAAAUUUCAAAAGAAACUCAAGGAAUUGGGAAGAUUAAAUGCAAACGCACUGAAUAUUCUGACUCUCUUAAACACCUAUCAAAAGAAACACUUGGUGGAGAUUCUCUCGUAUCAUAAUUGCGAUUCAAAGACGAGACAAGCUCCGGAGCUGGACUGUUUAAUCCGGCUGCAGGUCCAGAACAUCCAGCAGCGGCACGUUCUCUUUCUAACAGAAAAGGAUCCUUCCUUGUUCCCCAAUUAUUCCGACAACGGGAUUCUGGUCACAAGAAUGGAGGAUUUUAUGCGGAAUUUUACGAGCCAAGUUGGUUUCUGUAGUUCAAAUCCUGAGGAAAACUGCCUAUCCCAGUUGGCGAGAGGAGAGACUCAGACAGCUCCAGGAGAAACCGAUGUGAAGGAGGAAGAAGAUAUGUCUCUGGAUUCGGAGGACGAGACACCGCAGAUAGAAGUUUGCACAGAUUCUCUCAAACUUGAACCUCACGCCUUGGAGGGUACUAAGCAGCCGGACUUUAUAGCGACCUCUCAGCCCGAGGCUACGGGAAGCAUAGCACAAAACCCAACUCCAAAUCCCGACCCAACUGAGCUUCAUCCGGUAACUCCGGUUUCCACCACGGGCUCCGCUGCCGCAGAAAACAGCACGCCCGCCGCAGACGAAGUGUUGAGUGGUUUCCAGGAAUAUCCCAACACGCAGCUGGGCAUUUCCCAACAGCUCAACCAUUUCAACGUCCUCACUCAUCAGACAUUUCUUCCGGCAAUGUACCCCAUUCUCGCGAGCCAGACUCAGCCCGGAAAUUAUUUUCUAAAUUCAUACAGUCAAGUGCCAGAAUCGGACCCCUCGCAAAACUCAGAAUGGGAAAAACCAUGGCAUCUAAAAUAGGGUUUUUUUGUUUUUUUUCAGUAUAUUUGGGGGGAAAAAGAUAUUUAUAUAUGUAUAUAAAAAGACUUUUUCUAAGACUCUUCAGUUUCAUACAAAGUGAAUUAUGCAUUUUAUUAUACUUGGCAAGAAAAAGUCCUUUUUUCUUUGUUGCCUCAUUUUGAAAUUAUGGCAUGUACCACUAAAAAACAUCAACAAGCAAAUAAAUAUUAUUUUUUUUUAAGUCCAUUGUAUUGAAAGGAUUGUUUGCACAAAUUUUUUUUAUUUUUCUUUAUAUAUAUAUGAACAGUAUUUGUGGCUGUUAUAAUGCAGUUCUAAGUCA